UUCUACCACCUGGUGGUCACCGUGGAGGACGAGGGCACCCCGCCUCUGUCAGCCACCACUCACGUGUACGUGACCAUCGUGGACGAGAAUGAUAAUGCACCUGUGUUCCAGCAGCCCCACUACGAGGUCUUACUGGAUGAGGGCCCAGACACCAUCAACGCCAGCCUCGUCACCAUCCAGGCACUGGACCUGGACGAGGGGCCCAAUGGCACAGUCACCUACGCCAUCAUUGCAGGCAACAUCAUCAACACUUUCCGCAUUGACAGACACACGGGUGUCAUCCGUGCUGCCAAGGAGCUGGACUACGAGAUCAGCCAUGGCCGCUACACCCUGAUCGUCACAGCCACAGACCAGUGCCCCAUCUUGUCCCACCGCCUCACCUCCACCACCACGGUGCUUGUGAACGUGAAUGACAUCAAUGACAACGUGCCCACCUUCCCCCGAGACUAUGAGGGGCCAUUUGAUGUCACCGAGGGCCAGCCGGGGCCUCGAGUAUGGACCUUCUUGGCCCAUGACCGGGACUCGGGCCCCAACGGGCAGGUGGAGUACAGCAUCGUGGACGGAGACCCUCUGGGGGAGUUUUUGAUCUCUCCUGUGGAGGGUGUGCUGCGGGUCCGGAAGGAUGUGGAGCUGGACCGGGAAACCAUUGCCUUCUAUAACCUGACCAUCUGUGCUCGCGACAGAGGUGUGCCCCCACUCAGUUCCACGAUGCUGGUGGGGAUUCGGGUGCUGGACAUCAACGACAAUGACCCUGUGCUGCUGAACCUCCCCAUGAACGUCACCAUCAGUGAGAACAGCCCCGUCCGCAGCUUCGUCGCCCACAUCCUGGCCAGCGACGCUGACAGCGGGUGCAAUGCCCUGCUCACCUUUAACAUCACCGCAGGCAACCGGGAGCGGGCCUUCUCCAUCAACGCCACGACAGGGAUUGUCACCGUGAACCGGCCCCUGGACCGUGAGCGGAUCCCGGAGUACAAGCUGACCAUUUCCGUGAAGGACAACCCGGAGAACCCACGCAUAGCCAGGAGGGAUUUUGACUUGCUGCUGAUCUUUCUUGCGGACGAGAAUGACAACCACCCCCUCUUUACUGAGAGCACCUACCAGGCAGAGGUGAUGGAGAACUCGCCUGCUGGGACCCCCCUCACAGUGCUCAAUGGGCCCAUCCUGGCCCUGGAUGCAGACCUGGACGUCUAUGCCGUGGUGACCUACCAGCUGCUGGGUGCCCAGAGCAGCCUCUUUGACAUCGACAACAGUACGGGUGUCGUGACAGUGAGGUCAGGUGUUGUCAUUGACCGGGAGGCCUUCUCACCUCCCAUCUUGGAGCUGCUGUUGCUGGCUGAGGACAUUGGGCUGCUCAAUGGCACAGCUGACCUGCUCAUCACCAUCCUGGAUGACAAUGACAACUGGCCCAUCUUUAGCCCUGCUGCCCUCACUAUCCACUUGCUGGAGAACUGCCCACCAGGAUUCUCCAUCCUUCAGGUCACAGCCACAGAUGAGGACAGUGGCCUCAAUGGGGAGCUGAUCUACCGAAUAGAAGCCGGGGCUCAGGACCGCUUCCUCAUCCACCCCAUCACAGGGGUCAUCCGCGUUGGCAAUGUCACCAUCGACAGGGAGGAGCAGGAAUCCUACAGGCUGACAGUGGUGGCCUCUGACCGGGGCACUGUUCCUCUCUCUGGCACGGCCAUCAUCACUGUUCUUAUUGAUGAUGUUAACGACUGCCGCCCCGAGUUCCUCAACCCCAUCCAGACGGUGAGCGUGCUGGAGUCAGCAGAGCCAGGCACCGUCAUUGCCAAUGUCACAGCCAUCGACCGCGACCUCAACCCAAAGCUGGAAUACCACAUCAUUGACAUUGUGGCCAAGGACGACACUGACCGCCUGGUGCCCCACCAGGAGGACGCCUUUGCUGUGAAUAUCAACACAGGGUCUGUAAUGGUGAAGUCCCCCCUGAACCGGGAGCUGGUUGCCACCUAUGAGGUCACUGUCUCGGUGAUUGACAAUGCCAGUGACCUACCAGAGCGCUCUGUCAGCGUGCCAAAUGCCAAGCUGACAGUCAACAUCCUGGAUGUCAAUGACAACACACCCCAGUUCAAGCCCUUCGGGAUCACCUACUACACAGAAAAGGUCCUGGAGGGGGCCACCCCGGGCACCACGCUCAUCGCCGUAGCCGCCGUGGACCCUGACAAGGGCCUCAAUGGGUUGAUCACCUACACCCUGCUGGACCCGAUGCCCCCGGGCUACGUCCAGCUGGAAGACUCCUCAGCGGGGAAAGUCAUUGCCAACCGGACGGUGGACUACGAGGAAGUGCACUGGCUCAACUUUACUGUGAGGGCUUCAGACAAUGGGUCCCCACCCCGGGCAGCUGAGAUCCCUGUCUACCUGGAGAUUGUAGACAUCAAUGACAACAACCCCAUAUUUGAUGAGCCUUCCUACCAGGAAGCCAUCUAUGAGGAUGUGCCUGUGGGCACAGUCAUCCUGACGGUCACAGCUACUGAUGCCGACUCGGGCAACUUUGCCCUCAUUGAGUACAGCCUCGGAGACGGAGAGGGCAAGUUCGCCAUCAACCCCACGACGGGUGACAUCUAUGUGCUGUCCUCUCUGGACCGGGAGAAGAAGGACCACUAUAUCCUGACUGCCUUGGCCAAAGACAACCCUGGGGAUGUAGCCAGCAACCGUCGAGAAAAUUCGGUGCAGGUGGUGAUUCAGGUGCUAGAUGUCAAUGACUGCCGGCCACAGUUCUCCAAGCCCCAGUUCAGCACCAGCGUUUACGAGAAUGAACCAGCGGGCACCUCCGUCAUCACCAUGAUGGCCACCGACCAGGAUGAGGGCUCCAAUGGGGAGCUGACCUACUCACUUGAGGGCCCUGGCGAGGAGGCCUUCCACGUGGACAUGGAUUCAGGCCUGGUGACCACAAAGCGGCCAUUGCAUUCCUACGAGAGGUUCAACCUGACUGUGGUGGCCACAGAUGGUGGAGAGCCCCCACUCUGGGGCACGACCAUGCUCCUGGUGGAGGUCAUCGACGUCAAUGACAAUCGCCCUGUCUUUGUGCGCCCCCCCAACGGCACCAUCCUGCACAUCAGAGAGGAGAUCCCACUGCGCUCCAACGUGUACGAGGUCUACGCCACAGACAAGGAUGAGGGUCUGAAUGGGGCUGUGCGCUACAGCUUCCUGAAGACCACGGGCAACCGGGACUGGGAGUACUUCACCAUUGACCCAAUCAGCGGCCUCAUCCAGACAGCGCAGCGCCUGGACCGUGAGAAGCAGGCCUUGUACAGCCUAAUCCUGGUGGCCAGCGACCUGGGUCAGCCAGUGCACUAUGAAACCAUGCAGCCGCUGCAGGUGGCCCUGGAUGACAUCGACGACAAUGAGCCCCUCUUCCUGAGGCCUCCAAAAGGCAGCCCCCAGUACCAGUUGCUGACCGUGCCUGAGCACUCACCACGUGGCACCCUCGUGGGCAACGUGACAGGAGCUGUGGACGCAGACGAGGGCUCCAACGCCAUCGUAUACUACUUCAUCGCAGCUGGGAACGAAGAGAUGAACUUCCAUCUUCAGCCUGACGGGCGUCUGCUGGUGCUCAAGGACCUGGAUCGGGAGCGCGAAGCUCUCUUCUCCUUUAUUGUCAAGGCCUCAAGCAAUCGCAGCUGGACACCUCCCCGUGGGCCCUCACCAUACCUGGACCUGGUCACUGACCUCACCCUGCAGGAGGUGCGCGUUGUGCUAGAGGACAUCAAUGACCAGCCACCACGCUUCACCAAGGCUGAGUAUACUGCAGGAGUGGCCACUGAUGCCAAGAUGGGCUCAGAGUUGAUCCAGGUGCUGGCCCUGGAUGCAGACAUUGGCAACAACAGCCUGGUCUUCUACAGCAUCCUGGCCAUUCACUACUUCCGGGCCUUUGCCAAUGACUCUGAGGAUGUGGGCCAGGUCUUCACCAUGGGGAGUGUGGAUGGCAUCCUGCGCACCUUCGACCUCUUCAUGGCCUACAGUCCCGGCUACUUUGUGGUAGACGUUGUGGCCCGGGACCUGGCAGGUCACAAUGACACAGCUAUCAUCGGCAUUUACAUCCUGAGGGAUGACCAGCGCGUCAAGGUCGUCAUCAAUGAGAUUCCCGACCGUGUGCGUGGCUUUGAGGAGGAGUUCAUCCGCCUGCUCUCCAACAUCACGGGUGCCAUUGUCAACACGGACGAUGUGCAGUUCCACGUGGAUAAGAAGGGCCGGGUGAACUUCGCACAGACGGAGCUGCUCAUCCAUGUGGUGAACCGAGAUACCAACCGCAUCCUGGACGUGGACCGGGUGAUCCAGAUGAUCGACGAGAACAAGGAGCAGCUGCGGAAUCUUUUCCGGAAUUAUAACGUCCUGGACGUGCAGCCAGCCAUCUCUGUCCAGCUGCCCGAUGACAUGUCUGCCCUGCAGAUGGCGAUCAUUGUCCUGGCCAUCCUCCUCUUCCUGGCUGCCAUGCUCUUCAUCCUCAUGAACUGGUACUACCGGACCGUACACAAGAGGAAACUCAAAGCAAUAGUGGCUGGCUCCGCAGGGAAUCGAGGCUUCAUCGACAUCAUGGACAUGCCCAACACCAACAAGUAUUCCUUUGAUGGGGCCAACCCAGUAUGGCUGGAUCCUUUCUGCCGGAACCUGGAACUGGCCGCCCAGGCCGAGCAUGAGGACGAUCUGCCAGAGAACCUGAGUGAGAUCGCUGACCUGUGGAGCAGCCCCACCCGCACCCACGGAACUUUUGGGCGUGAACCAGCAGCGGUGAAACCUGAAGAAGACCGGUACUUGCGGGCAGCCAUCCAGGAGUAUGACAACAUCGCCAAGCUGGGCCAGAUCAUUCGGGAGGGGCCCAUCAAGGGCUCGCUGCUGAAGGUGGUCCUGGAGGAUUACCUGCGGCUCAAAAAGCUCUUUGCACAGCGGAUGGUGCAAAAAGCCUCCUCCUGCCACUCCUCCAUCUCCGAGUUGAUCCAGACAGAGCUGGAGGAGCCAGGGGAGCGCAGCCCAGGCCAGGGCAGCCUGCGCUUCUGCAAGCCGCCUCCGGAGCUCAAGGGGCCCGAUGGAAUCCACAUGGUGCACGGCAGCACGGGCACACUCCUGGCCACUGACCUCAACAGCCUGCCCGAGGAUGACCAGAAGGGCCUGGGCCGCUCACUGGAGACGCUGACGGCUGCUGAGGCUAGUGCCUUGGAGCGCAACGCCCGCACGGAGUCCGCCAAAUCGACGCCCCUGCACAAGCUGCGAGAUGUGAUCAUGGAGAGCCCCCUGGAGAUCACAGAGCUAUGACUAGACGGGGGAGCCUCACUGGACCGUGGGGUGUGGGCCCCUUCAGGGUACCCUGGCCAUGACCUUGGGUUGGUCCGGUGGCUGCAGCCUGCCCAUCAGCAGCCGAUUCCACUCUGCCAGGCACUCAUUCAGCAUCUGAU